AUGCUCCGGUACCUAUUCCGUAGCCCGCGGAGCGUUCGCGUGCCGCUCCAGAAUGGUCCAGUCGACCUUCAAAGGGUUGCAAUAACCAGACGAUCCAAAUCCACACCAAUCUUUUACCGACUCUUCACUACGAUUGCACUUACCUACUGCGCCGCCAAGACCAUUAACUACAUCUAUCCGGACACUGCGCAUGGCUCCCGGCCCCAAGUUGAGUCCGUCAAGAAGACGCGCAAAUCCCAAGAUCAGGAAAGAUCGUGGCAAGGGUACUGGGACAAAGCCAACACGAAUGGCUCGACGAAGUCGCCGGAGGUUAUCCAUUUGAUGUUACCAAUUUGGAUUCGCCGAGCAAAGCCUCAGUUAUGGGAGCCUGACGACCCAACAUGGAAGUCAUUCCAAGCUCUUCACGGAGAUCCGAAACGCCUGCGUGAAAUCACAAGAGCAAUUCAGGAAUCUCUGAAGCAAGAGGUCAUUAAAAAGUAUGGUCGUGUCUUGAUGGAGCUCGGAGGGAAGUUCGCAUUCCACGCCGGAUGGAGACUUGCUCCGCCUUUGUACGCCCCAACGACUUAUGAAGUCCCGUGCAUCUUCUUAGAGCCGGGCAAGGUCAGUUAUGGCUGGAGGCAGCUGCCCAAUAGCAUGGGAGGGAAGAUGGAUCGUGUCUUUCACCCAAUUGUGCUUGCCAAGGCCUUUGUGAACGGUUUCAGAGAAUUCGCCUGGGCCUCAUAUCUGAUCACCAAAGCCCGACUGACGGAUCGGCUCAAUUCCCUUAGCACGACCGUCAAGGACUCCACGCCGGAUAAAACUCUCAGUGAAGACGAGAAAGCCCACAAGCGGUUGAGUUUUGGGAAGAUAUCUGAAAAGGACAAAACAGUCUGGCUUCCUUUUCUUCGUGGUGACUAUGGUGAGCAUGACUCAAGACGUGCCUACCGGGAUCUUGUCAAGUCUAUGACCUAUCAAGGUGCAAUCGAAUCGGGAUGCGCAGUGUUCCGAGCAUAUUGGAUUCAUGGGCAAGAAAAGAUUAUGCAAUCGUACACUCGAGACAGCAUACUGCUGGUGGGCGAGAUAGCCUUCGUGGGAGACCGAGGCACAUUGUUUGUGCAUGCCGUGGCGGUAUACUCCCCCGAGACCGAUUCCCUCAUAGGUCCACCUGUUCUCAAGCAUGCCUAUGUCGUCCCAGACAAAGAGAGGUGGGUGCAAGACAAAACCGCCAAAGUUGACGGGGAUGACCUGCGGCAAGCUGAAAGACAAGAACAGACGAAAUUGAUUACUCGAGAGGCUCUGAAACCGUCAACAACCCCGGACGAGGCACAGAGGACGGGAAAGCCUCCUUCGGCCGAGGGAAACCAAGAGAAGAACAGCGAGAAGUGA